AUGGACCACGCCCAGGACCUGUCGAGCCUCGAGGACGCGCGCGCCAGCCUGAACGCCACAGCGCGGCGGCUCGCGAAUGCGGAGGCGGCGGAGGAGAGGCUGAACGGCACCGUGAAGGAGCUGAUGCGGCAGCACGAUCGCGACACGGCGCAGGAGUCGCCGCGCGGCCGCGGCGCCCAGAUACUGGCGGACGCCAACGCCAGCACCGCCCAGCAGCAGGCACUGGCCAAGGACAAAGAACAGCAGGCGAAGGCUUUGCGCAAGGACCCCCUGCCCAUCUGGAGGAUGCGGGAGUGCGGUGCCACGCUGGGGAUGGUCGAGAAGACUAGCGAGGACGAGGAGUGCCUGGAUGUUGCGCAGACCAGCCUCCUAGUGCACCGCUUCUGCCUCGCCAGUGCGAUCAACAUGGCCGGGCAGGAUGUGCACGAGUGCAAGAGUCCUGGGCGUGGCGAUGGUGCCCCUGGUCGUCACACGGACUCGUACGACGAGGUGCACGGGCGGGAGCACGUGGAUAUCAUUAUAGUUUGGGCUGCUUCGGUGGCCCCAGACGGCGCAUUCAUGGUGAACGCUCUCCAGCGGUUGAAGGACAAGGCAGUCGAAUUGACCAAAAACGAGGUGCUGAACGACAUGCGCAAGCUACAGAACGAGGCCAGCGGUUCGGACGACGACGAGCACCGACGACGUACGCAGCAGAACUCCAUCAACCAGCGGCUUGCGAGACUCACCCGUGGCACUGCGAAUGCUGGGAUCUACCUCUUGGAGACCGACGAGGGGGACGUGGCCACAGACACGCGCACCAUCGCAGAGCAUCUCGCGGCCCAUUGGGCAAAGGUCCUCCGUGGCAAACCAGCGGACGAGGCCAGGCUCAACUCAUGGUUGGCAUUGGCGGAGCGUGUCGGCAGCCAGCGCCUCGAGGAGAACAGAUAUUUCUACCAGCUGGCUCUCGACCGCUAUCGAUCACUAGCGCUGACAAUCGCGUCUGCGGGCUUCCCAGCGUUGGCGAUGGAGGUGCUAAUAUAUCUUUGCCAUAUGACAAUUGGCACGCUCCUCCUGCACGGCCAGUUGCACGGUGAGGUACCACUGGAGACGGGCAUUCGUCAAGGGUGUCCGUUGUCCCCGCUUUUCUUCGCACUGGCGUCUGACAGCUUGCUACGGAUUCUUGGGUACAGAUCGCCAACUUCGACUACGCGGGCCUUCGCGGAUGACACCGCCAUGCUGGUGCGCUCGUGGAGGACGGAGCACCGCCAGAUCUCCAACACCUUUCGCACCUUUGAGGCGGUCUCGAACCUGGCGCUCAUCCUAUCAAAGACACUGGUCAUCCCGUUGUGGGAGGCCGACAUCGAACAGCUUCAGGAGAGCACUAGAUCGGACCAAGCGGCGAUCCAAAUCAAAUGGGGCACGACGGGCAAAUAUCUCGGGUAUUACGUCGGCCCAGGAAAGCAGUACAACUCGUGGGACAAGCCGCUUGACAAGUACACCAGUCGUCUGGGUGAUUGGCGCUGGAGCGAGCUCGGCCUGAACAUGGCGCUCGUUGCCUACAAUGCCUACGUCUUACCAACGAUCUUGUUUAUUGCCCAGCUUGAAGCCCCGCCUCAGGAGGUCAUCGACAGGGAACGGGUAGCUGUUCGGCGAGUGGCGCCUGGACCAGGUUUUUGGCGUUCUUCAGCUGACUUGCGCCAUGGUCUGGAUAUUGGGCUUGCUGCGCACCUACGCCCGCUGGAGAUCUCUUGCCGCGCCUCGAUGCUCCGCAUGCACGCGUGGGAAUCUCGACAGGACGGCGGCAUUGACUGGAAGGGAAUGGCUGCUGAGCUCGUCGCGGCGAGAGGCCGCGCCGAUCGAGUGAUGAGAGUUGCUCGUUUCUUUGCGUGGCUUGAUCGACACAUCCCCACGACGGUGCUGGCGGAGAGCGAUCGGCAGGCCCGGAGCGGCGCGCACAUCCACGCAGCAAGGCCCGCGCUUGGCGGCGUCGCCAUGGGACCGCUCACGGAGCAGAAGGACAGGCAAUUCAGAAAGGGCGCUCAGAGAUGGUUCACCGGCCGCCUCCUUGCUCGCGACGGCUACUGCGUGGAGCGACGUCUCUGGGCGCGCUUGGCCAGGUGGAGUCUGCCAGAAUUGCCCGGCCGUGCGGCCCAGCGGGCGGCGCAGCAUCUACGGCGCCUCAGACAUUUUGUUCCGCCCCGGAUACGGGCCGCUAUGAUCAACACCAUCUUCAACCGAUGGGCAACGAACCGUCGAAUGCGGUCUCUCCGGGAGGGCCGCCGGGUCUGCGUGCUCGGGUGCUCCUGUACAGCGGACGACUCCGUGGAGCACUACAUGCGCUGCCCCGUGGGCCAGACAUGGUCCAGAAGACGGCUGGGAUGGGCUCUGACUCAGACAGAGCAGCCUUGGACGCAACGAAUGCUGGCAUCGGUCAUGACAGACAAGCAGUUGCAACAACAGGCGGUGACCAACUACACUUUGUACCGCGCGGUGAACGAUAUGCGUAGGCGUCAGAUACAGCCGAGUGCGGAACGCCGAGAGACCGCCAACGCGAUCAUGGACCAGCUCUUGCACGAAGCUACCACCGCGCUUGGCACGGACGACGUCGUGAACGACACCUUCAACGAUAGGUUCCCCGCCCUCGAGCACGAGACGCCGUUGCAGAUAUUUGACCGACCACAGACCGCGGCUUGCUCCAUUUCCGCGGCUGGCAGCCAAGCAAAGACCUCUGAUUUCAACAUGUUGUUCUUCCCUAAUUGA